AUGUCUUCGCCUCAUCUUCAUCUGCCCAUCUGGGUAUUUGCUAUCUUCGCGAAUCUAUACUUACCGCUGAUAUUUGCACUUCCGUCACAUCAGCCCUUCUUGCCUGUCCUUGACCCAAGUGGUACGCCUGUUUCUGCCUCGUUAUAUGCCCCUUUCUCUUAUAACGAGCUCAAUAAACGAGCUCUGCAGAAGAGGGAUGAGCCAGAAAAUCCAAAAUUCUACCGAUAUGCUCGCCAAAGAUCCAAUAGUUAUUAUUACUAUGACAUUUCCAGCAGUCUUACCGCAUACAAGAAAAAUGAGUAUAUUGCAUAUGUUGAGAUAUCGAAACCCAUUGUCGCCGGGGGGCAGGGGGAGGUCUCGUAUGCGCGCGUGAACUACUAUAAUGGCCAAAGCGAAUUCAAGGGCGUCGUGAAAGAAACAGAAGGCGCAGAAGCACUUUCCAAGGCAGAACUACAGCGCAUAGUCCUACAAGAUGAGAAAGAGGCCAGCGAUGAUUCCACUAUUCGUGUUCCUUGGAUUCAGGAACUACUAUGGGUUCCAGAAGUACCGGAGGAGUAUUCGGCGCAGACGGUGGUAGUGAUGAAAAAGCUUGACGGGGAGCUAUCUUCCCUGCUGCGGAAUAAUGAUAAUUACGACGAGACGUUUGCAGUGCUGGAGCUCUUGCGAGGUAUAAGGGACAUACACGCAUCGGGAGUGAUCCAUCGAGAUCUCAACCCUAACAAUGUGAUGUUCGAACGGGAUAGUGCGGGCAAACUCGCUUGGUAUGUGAUCGACUUUGAUUACGCCAUAAACUUCAACGAUCUCGACCAGAGCCCCAACUGGAUGUAUCCAAUAGGCACUCCUACAUACGCUCCUCCCGAUUGGCCCAACCGACAGCAGCGUGAUCUUUUACCUGCCAUCGACGUCUGGUUACUCGCCCGGACCCACUAUGAUAUAUUGAAUCCAGGAUUCCGGUCAGCGAAAUCGGAUGAUGGCGGGUCUCUUAGCAAAGAAAUUAUGGACUACAUCAAUGGUCUUGUCCUCAAAUUCCGCGUCCCGGCCGGAGGGAACUUGAGAGAGGAGUUGGACGAUCAUAAAGAUGAAGUCUAUCAGAACCUGAUGAGUGGAUUUGACUCGUCAAAAACAAUAGACGAGCGUCUGGAAGAAGAAGUUAAGAUUAUUGCGGAAAUGUUCGUCCCCCAAUCCUACCGUCCAGGCGUAGCCCAGUAUUAUAAACGAUACUGUGGCAUGUUAACGGAAUAUACGAAUUUGGAGGUGAUAUGUCCUGACUCUAAGGAUGCAAGAUGGAUUAAUCGAUUGAAUUAUAAGGAUGUAUCUAUGUAUAACGUUGCAUGUAUAUAG